AUGCUUGGCAGUCCUGGCAAAGUUCCUCCAGGGGACAAGAAGGGAAAGCCCACUGCACUGUCCGAAGAGGCGCAGCUUGUCAAGCUGCAGCAGUACAUUCAGAAGAAGGGAGAAGAAGCUGGUGAGGCUGUGGUGCUAGAGCCCGGCUGGAAAGUGAGCCGCACCCAGCGCACUUCAGGCAAGACCGCUGUGCAGUACGACUACUACUACAAUCCCCCGGAGGAAUUUGUGGCCGUGGGCAAGUACCAGGGCAGGUACAGGUCACUGAAAGAGGUCGCGCGCGCGUACGGCCUGGAAAAACAUGAUGAUGCGCCCGAGCUGCCGGCCAGAACCGUCCAGGCAAAGCGCCGCUGCAGCUCAGUCUAUGCAGCGCCUCCCCUGCCCAAUUGGGACCGCUCCAAACGCCGCUCAGCCGGCCGCUGCGAGCGGAGCACUCCCUGGACAUCUCAUGUCCUCGUGACUAACGAUGACAUGAGCUGCGGACGUGGCACCUUUGGAGAGGAGGGCAGGGCCGCUGAGCAGCCUGAUCAGGCCCUGGGCCAGGGAAGCGGGGUGGCUGAGCAGCCUGAUCAGGCUGCUGGAGUCAAGCUGGAGCCCUCAGAGAAUGCAGAUGCAGGUGCCCUGAAGCAAGAAGCUGCUGCAGAGGCUCAGACUGGGCAGCAGGAUUCCAAGGAUGCAGAAGCUAGCGCAGAACUAGCGGUCAUAGAUCUCGUCACUUCUGCUGCACCAGAGAAACAGUAUGCACAGCCAGUUGAUCCAGAUGCAGUGCCAGCAGCGGAGAUCGUCAGUCUGCUGUCUGACUCAGAGCAAGAGAUUGAGCAGGCGCACAUUCUUGACAAAGACAUGCCAGCCAACGAGUGCCAGCUUGGCAGUCCAGAAACUAAACCAUCCAGUCUGUCCAGCUCCGCUCUGCAGCAGAAUGGAGUGCACAGCGACCUUGCAACAGACAGCAAGCACAUGCAGAGCAGCGGGAAGCAUGCAGUGCUGAGCCCCAGAGAUCCCCGCCGCAGGUUCUUUGGCAUGCCAGCAGCCCUGGAUGACAGUGAGAAGCACAACCAGGAGGCUCUGAGGGAGCAGGGGUUUGUGCCUGCUUCCGGACAGCCACAGAGCUCCUACCGGUCGAUCGCAGGAGUGCUGCGAGCGCAUGGCCUGGAUGUCAAGACCUGCGAAACACCAUCACCGCCAGAAAAAGCAAAAGAAGCGGCCGAAUGGUCAUCUCCAGACCAGAUGCCCUUCCUGAAUGUCCCCAGGCAGAAGCGCGGCCGAGCGCCCAGGCACAAACGGCUUGCUGACAUUCUCAGCGAGGACUCAGUGCAAGAGGAUGCCGGGAAUCCUGCAAAGAAGCAGCGCAGACGGCCGCACAAGGCAGAAGCAGACUCGGUGUCUGGCGUCAAAAGGGGCGGCCAGCCCGCCAAUGGACAGGAGCCAAAGCGGCGGAAGAAUGCUCGAACAAAAGCAACGCAAUACUCUCAGGUGCCUGACGUCGCACCCAAGCCCAAGAGCAUCAGCACAUGGCGCCAGCUGACCAUGCAUCUCAGCGAGGCAGGCCAGCAGGCAGCAGACUCCAAGGGGCACGACGACGGGGAGGAGUCCUCAGAGAGCGAUGGGGAGCCGCCUGAGCCACGGCCGAAGCGGCGGGACCGUCGCAAGCAGAAGAGCCAAAGCCCCCUGCAGCAGCAGGAAGUGCAGCCCAGCGUUGUGGCGCACUGUGCGGGGUAUGCGGCAGAGGAGGAGUCCAGCAGCGAUGAUGACUUGGAUAUCUGCGGCGACCUUGAAGGCUACGGACUGGCCGGCAGCAUGAGCACACAGGCGGAGUCUCUGCUGGCCAGCGGCUGCCUGGCGCCUGAUCAUCCUGCGCAGCCCGCUGUGUCCGAGCCUGAAAUGAUAUCUCCUCAGCCGGCGUCUGGAGCUGGCGUGCCCACUGUGCAGCAUGCACCUGCACGGCGCAAACGCAAAUACACAAAGCGGCAGCACGAAACUGUGGCAUACCAGCAAACGACACCGGUGCAUGCAUCACCAGACUGGGGGAUCAGUCAGCCGCAGGCGGCUGCGCUGCCAAGCAGCGUUGAAGAAGAGACCAGCCAGGACCAUGUGGUGGAAAGGAUCCAGGGCCUGGAAGCAGAGCUUGCCGCAGCAAAGGCCGAGCUGGCUGCAGCCAAGGCUCAGCUGGCUGACAAGGAGACGCAGCUGACAGCCAUGAGCAUGCUGGUCAGGGAGAGGGCGCAUGAAAUUGGCGUCCUGGGAGAGAACCACGGAGACGGAUACGUCAGCAGACACGAGCGGUUCAGAGCCUAUGCAUUUGACAGUUGCUGCAGGAUCCGGAAGCACUACUCGCGCAUGAUAUUGGGGUCCUGGGAGGGCUUCCAGUCAGCUGAUGGGAUCCAGCACACAGUGAUCACCGGUCUGGUUAAUGUUGCACGAGCGCUGGGCUUGACAGUGAUGGGUGGGCGUGGCAGCUGGGGGCGGGCUCGAGAUGCUGCCAUCCCAAACACAGGAGAAGGACAGCAGGACAACCUAGACACAGGAGAUGGCCUGGCUCCUCCGCAGCUUGGACGUGGACAGCGCAAGCGCAGGCGCAAACGAGCGCAGCAACAGUUUGAACCUGCAGCAUUCCAGCACAUCUCACCUGUGCAUGCAUCACCGGAGUGGGGCACCGGCCAGCCUCAGCUGAUUCCACUGCCCAGCAGCUUUGAAGCAGAGACCAGCCAGGGUGAUGUUGGAGGGGCUGUAGCAGACACAGCAGCAGUUCUUGAGUUUGCACAGGCGAGGAUUGAAGGCCUGGAAGCAGAGCUCGCCGCAGCAAAGGCCGAGCUGGCUGCAGCCAAGGCUCAGGUGGCUGACAAGGAGACACAGCUGACAGCCAUGAGCAUGCUGGUCAGGGAGAGGGUGUCUGGGCGUGCAGCAGCACCCUGA